AUGUCGGCUUCAGCGCAAAGAAUCGCAGCCAUCGAGGAGGAGCUGGCGAGGACUCAGAAGAACAAGGCGACCAUGUCGCACAUCUGUAUGCUCAAGGCGCAGCUCGCGCAGCUCAGGAGGCAGGAGAUCGAGAGCCAGAUGAAAGCGGCAGGAGGAGGAGGAGACGGGUGGGACGUGAAGGCAACAGGAGACGCGCGAGUGGGUCUGAUCGGCUUCCCCUCUGUCGGCAAGUCGACGCUGCUGACGAAGAUGACGGGGACGCACUCGGAGUCUGCUGCCUACGAGUUCACGACCCUGACCUGUAUCCCUGGCAUCAUCAGGUACAAGGGAGCUAAGAUCCAGCUGCUGGAUCUCCCGGGUAUCAUCGAGGGGGCCAAGGACGGCAAGGGAAGGGGCAAGCGAGUGAUCGGCACGGCGAGAACGUGCUCUCUGAUCCUUAUGGUCCUGGAUGCCAGCAAGCCCGUGACCCACAAGAAGCUGAUCGAGAAGGAGCUGCACGGCUUCGGUAUCCGACUGAACCAGUCGAAGCCCAACGUCUACUUCAAGAGGCAUGACAAGGGAGGCAUCCAGCUCCACGUCCAGCUCCCCCACGCCCCCACCUACAUCACCCCGCAGAUCCUCAAGUCUGUCCUGCAGGAGUACAAGAUCCACCACGCGGAGAUCACCUUGCGUGAGGACUGUACUGUAGACGAGCUGAUUGACAUCAUCGAGAGUACCGACAAGAUCGGGAUGAUGCGAGUUUACAUGUACGCUGCUCCACUCGUUAAUUCCCCUCCUCGCCUCCUCCCCUUCCUCUCCUUCUCUCCUUGCUUUCGUUUCCUCCUCCAUCUCUUUCCUCGAUAG